GAGUGGUCAUGGAAAACUAUGGUACUGCUUGGAGAGAACAUCGUCGCUUUGCACUGAUGACACUGAGGAACUUCGGUCUGGGGAAGAAGUCAAUGGAGGAGCGGAUUCAUGAAGAGAUUCAACACACAGUAAAGACUCUGGAAAACAGCAUUGGAACAACCCUGAAUCCUCAGAUCAUGUUUCAUAACGCAGCCUCUAACAUCAUCUGCCAGGUUCUGUAUGGAAAACGUUUUGAGUACAACGACGAGAUGAUCAAAGUGAUUAUUAAAUGCUUUACUGACAAUGCCAAGAUGACCAACGGGCCGUGGGCAAUGAUUUAUGAUUCUCUUCCCAUGGUUCGAAACCUGCCACUGCCAUUCAGGAAGGCCUUUAAGAAUUACGAGACCUGUAAACAGAUCGCUCUUGAUAUCAUGAAAAAACACAAGGAAACCAAAGUCAGUGGAGAGCCAAGAGACUUUGUUGACUGCUAUCUGGAUGAGUUAGAGAAGAAAAAUGCGGAUAUGUCCUUUUCUGAAGAUCGACUGGCUGGUUACUCUUUGGAUCUUUAUUUUGCUGGAACGGACUCCAUUUCCAACACUUUGCUGACAGGUUUCCUUUACCUAAUGGGACAUCCACAUAUACAAGAAAGAAGUCAGCAAGAGAUAGAUCUGGUGCUGGAGGGCAAGGAUCGGGUCAGCUUUGAGGACAGAAACAACAUGCCUUACAUGCAGGCUGUGAUCCAUGAAAUCCAGAGAUUUGCCAACAUCGUUCCUCUUAGCGUCUUCCACGCCACAAUGAAAGAUACAGAGCUGAUGGGAUAUUCUAUCCCAAAGGGCACCAUGGUCAUCCAAAACAUGAGGUCAGUGCUGAUGGAGGAGGGGCAGUGGAAGUUCCCUCAUGAAUUCAAUCCUGAAAACUUUCUCGACGAGAAGGGAGAGUUUGUUAAACCAGAGGCAUUCAUGCCCUUCUCAGCAGGUCCCCGGGUGUGUUUAGGGGAAGGUCUGGCUCGUAUGGAGCUCUUCAUCACCAUGGUGACUCUGCUGAGGAAGUUCAAGUUCAUCUGGCCUGAGGAUGCAGGAGAACCCGACUUCACUCAAAUCUUUGGGCUCACUUUGACUCCAAAACCUUAUCGUAUGAAAGUCCAGCUGAGGUCAAACCAAUGA